CUUUCACUCUGGGCGAGGCCGCGCCUAACUCAGCCGCACCGGUCCUUCCCGGCACACGCGAGGCUCCCAUGGCUCUGGCGGUGGCCCCGUGGGGGCGACAGCGGGAAGAGGCCCGCGCCCUGGGCCGGGCAGUCAGGAUGCUGCAGCGCCUAGAAGAGCAAUGCGUCGACCCCCGGCUGUCCGUGAGUCCCCCUUCGCUGCGGGACCUGCUGCCCCGCACAGCGCAGCUGCUUCGAGAGGUGGCCCAUUCUCGGCGGGCGGCCGGCGGAGGCGGCCCCGGGGGUCCCGGUGGCUCCGGGGACUUUCUACUCAUCUACCUAGCCAAUCUGGAGGCCAAGAGCAGGCAGGUGGCCGCGCUGCUGCCUCCCCGGGGCCAAAGGAGUGCCAACGACGAGCUCUUCCGGGCGGGCUCCAGACUCAGGCGACAGCUGGCCAAGCUGGCCAUCAUCUUCAGCCACAUGCACGCAGAGCUGCACGCACUCUUCCCCGGGGGAAAGUACUGUGGACACAUGUACCAGCUCACCAAGGCCCCCGCCCACACCUUCUGGAGGGAAAGUUGCGGAGCCCGGUGUGUGCUGCCCUGGGCUGAGUUUGAGUCCCUCCUGGGCACCUGCCACCCUGUGGAACCAGGCUGCACAGCCCUGGCCUUGCGCACCACCAUUGACCUCACCUGCAGCGGGCACGUGUCCAUCUUCGAGUUCGACGUCUUCACCAGGCUCUUUCAGCCAUGGCCAACACUCCUCAAGAACUGGCAGCUCCUGGCAGUCAACCACCCAGGCUACAUGGCCUUCCUCACCUAUGAUGAGGUCCAAGAGCGUCUGCAGGCCUGCAGGGACAAGCCAGGCAGUUACAUCUUCCGGCCCAGCUGUACUCGCCUGGGGCAGUGGGCCAUCGGCUAUGUGAGCUCAGAUGGCAGCAUCCUGCAGACCAUCCCUGUCAACAAACCCCUGUCCCAGGUGCUCCUGGAGGGACAGAAGGACGGCUUCUACCUCUACCCAGAUGGAAAGACCCACAACCCAGACCUGACUGAGCUCGGCCAGGCAGAACCCCAGCAGCGCAUCCACGUGUCAGAGGAGCAGCUGCAGCUCUACUGGGCCAUGGACUCCACAUUUGAGCUCUGCAAGAUCUGUGCUGAGAGCAACAAGGAUGUGAAGAUUGAGCCGUGCGGGCACCUGCUCUGCAGCCGCUGCCUGGCUGCCUGGCAGCACUCGGACAGCCAGACCUGCCCCUUCUGCCGCUGCGAGAUCAAGGGCUGGGAGGCUGUGAGUAUCUACCAGUUCCACGGUCAGGCUACUGCUGAGGACUCGGGGAACAGCAGUGACCAGGAAGGCAGGGAGUUGGAGCUGGGGCAGGUGCCCCUUUCGGCUCCUCCAUUGCCCCCACGGCCAGAUCUGCCCCCCAGGAAGCCCAGAAAUGCCCAGCCGAAAGUGAGACUCCUAAAGGGGAACUCCCCUCCAGCUGCCCUGGGACCCCAGGACCCUGCCCCGGCCUGAAGGCCAGGGCACCGAGAUGUGCUGCUCAAGGGAGCCCCAAGGGCUGGAAGGGGGUUGUGAAACCGAAAUAAACUGCCAAGCCUGGUCUGUCCUCCA